UAUGUCAGGAAAGUUCCGGGAGGGACUGGAUGGGGCCAUGCUCCCUGGGUUCUUCUGCAGGCGCCCGCGCGCAGCCCUUUGUAUGAGGCAAAAGGACUGCUAUGGAAGAUGGAGCUCUUUGUCCGUUUUCCAGAAUGUGUUUCCAUCAAUGAAACAUGAUACUGCUGUUCUGUGUUGACAUGCUUGAAGACCACCCACAUCUCUGCUCACGCCUUCCAUCCUGCUGAAACCAUGGUCUUCUCUGCAGUGUUGACUGCGUCCCAAACUGGGGCAACCAACACAACAUUUGUAGUCUAUGAAAACACCUACGUGAACAUUACGGUCCCUCCACCAUUCCAGCAUCCUGGCCUUGGCCCGCUGCUCAGAUACAGCAUGGACGCGAUGGCUCCCACUGGGAUGGGGAGUUCCUUGACCAUGAAUGGCACAGCUGCACCCCCAACACCAGCAGUUUUUAAGAGCCUAAACUUGCCUCUCCAGAUCAUCCUCUCUGCUAUAAUGAUAUUUAUUCUGUCUGUGUCUUUCCUUGGGAACUUGGUUGUUUGCCUGAUGGUUUACCAAAAAGCUGCCAUGCGCUCUGCAAUUAACAUCCUCCUUGCCAGCCUGGCAUUCGCAGACAUGUUGCUUGCAGUGCUGAACAUGCCCUUCGCCUUGGUAACUAUUGUUACUACAAGAUGGAUUUUUGGGAAAUUCUUCUGUAGGGUAUCUGCUAUGUUUUUCUGGUUGUUUGUGAUAGAGGGAGUAGCCAUCCUGCUCAUCAUUAGCAUCGAUAGGUUCCUUAUUAUAGUCCAGAGGCAGGAUAAGCUAAAUCCAUAUAGGGCUAAGAUUCUAAUUGCGGUUUCUUGGGUGGCUUCCUUUUGUAUAGCUUUUCCUUUGGCUGUAGGAAACCCUGACCUGCAGAUCCCUUCUCGAGCCCCGCAGUGUGUGUUUGGAUAUACAACCAACCCUGGUUACCAAGCUUAUGUGAUUUUGAUUUCUCUAGUUUCUUUCUUCCUACCUUUCCUGGUGAUACUGUAUUCGUUUAUGGGCAUCCUCAACACCCUUCGGCACAAUGCCUUGAGGAUCCACAGCUACCCCGAGGGUAUAUGCCUCAGCCAGGCCAGCAAACUGGGUCUUAUGAGUCUACAGAGACCCUUCCAGAUGAGCAUUGACAUGGGCUUUAAAACGCGUGCCUUCACCACCAUUUUGAUUCUCUUUGCUGUCUUCAUCGUCUGCUGGGCCCCAUUCACCACUUACAGCCUUGUGGCCACAUUCAGUAAGCACUUUUACUAUAAGCACAACUUUUUUGAGAUUAGUACCUGGCUACUCUGGCUCUGCUACCUCAAGUCUGCAUUGAACCCACUGAUUUACUACUGGAGGAUUAAGAAAUUCCAUGACGCCUGCCUGGAUAUGAUGCCCAAGUCCUUCAAGUUGUUGCCACGUCUUCCUGGUCACACGCGGCGGCGGAUACGUCCCAGUGCUGUCUAUGUGUGUGGGGAACACCGGACAGUGGUGUGAAUAUUGGCACUGCCUGACAUUUGGGGUGAUGGUUGCUCUUCAUCUGACUUUGAAUUUUCUUUUACAUGGGUUCUCCAAGUGUACCUUAUUGGUUUUUAUAGGGUUUGUGUGUGUGUGUGUGUGUGUGUGUGUGUGUGUGUGUGCGCGCGCGGACUCAGCGUAAAGAAAGAGUGGUGAUUAGUUAUAAUUCUAUUACCAAGGAUACGCAAUAGGGAAAUGAUCACAAAUGUUACCUCCAGGGUUCAAGAGAAAUCCUUGAUUUAGGGUGGGGAGAUGGUGUUUUGUUUCUUUGAUUGAUUUUGUUUUUGAAGCAGGAAUCAAGAUUGUGCUUUAUUGAGCCUGCAGUUACAUUGAAUUGUAGGUGUUUUGGAUGCUGCUAAGGUAUGCUUAAUUAAGUUUAUCAUUUUUUUUUUCCAGAAGACAUUGCUGCUUUUUGUCAUCACAUUGGAGCCAAAACCACAUACAUCUCAGUAGAUAAAUAUUUACUUUUAUUGAAAAAAAUAACCCAAGGCAGUUAGUGACAUUUUAAAGGUCAUUAAUAUUUACUUUGGUGCACUUUAAGAAAUAAUGUACAAACUAAUUCAGUCAUGUUUUUCAGAAUUGUUUUUAUACAUGACAUGUUGUGCUUUAGGGAACAUUGCAUUAUCAUUUCUAGGAAGAUAGUUUUAAAAAAUGUUUUAUU